AUGUGUCUCCCCGCAGCUCUGAUUGCUAGUGUGAACUCUUAUGUGUUUUACUUGGCGUCUGGAGAAAUGAGCUGGACCAAUGCUCAGAUGUACUGCAGAAAGCAUCACACUGAUCUCGCCACCGUUAAUGACCAGACGGACCUCACUGAGCUGUUAAAAUCUCUACCCAGUGGUUUUAGAGAUAAUUUUUGGAUUGGACUCUAUCGGACAGAUGGCUAUGCUCCCUGGGUCUGGUCCGAUGGGAGAAAAUCGCUGUUCAGACCAUGGUAUUCUUCACAACCAAACAAUGCUGGUGGGAUCCAGUACUGUGUGUACACGUCUACUAAUGGAUAUUGGAACGACUGGGAGUGUCCAGAUAAAUUACCAUUUAUGUGCUACACUGAAAAAAAGAGACAGAUAGUGAGACUGGAGGUAAAAUCAAGUAAAAAUGUGAAUGAUCCUGCAGUGAAGAACAUGAUUUUGGCAAAGUUAGAGCAGAUACUGAAGGAGAAGGGGCUGACAAAAGAUGCAAAGAUCUCGUGGAUGUUUUCUGGUGAAAAAGUCUUCCACAAGAUGUGGUAUCAGAAGAGUGAUGCUACUGAUGAGUCCAGCAAGAGAACCAUGAACUGAGCGUCUCAUAAUUGUGUUUGUGUAAUUUUAGUUGCUCUCAGAAAACCGGUCGGCGCCGGUAGAUGGUGCACUUCUAUUAAGCUAUUUUUGUAUUAAAUGCAAAAAUAGAAUUUUGUAUAAUUAAAAACGUAAUCAUCCUUACAUUUUAU